UUGUCGUGGGACAGGGAGUAAUAAACAAUCAUUCUUCUUCCUCUAUACUAUUUUCGAAAAUUGCAGUCAGCGAAAUGGAAAGGGAGAGCCGAGAAGAAGCAGACGAAAGGAGAGAAGCAGCUAUAGCCUCAGCGGCGUGUUUACGCCCCAAUUUCAAGCCCAAAUCUGGAAUUACUGAAUCGCAGCUCUCCAAAUUUCAGGAAUUGCGCAGGAGGCGUUUACAAAUCAAAGCCAAAUCUAAAAUACACAAGCAAGACAAAGGAGCUAAUGGGAAAGGGAAAACCCACAAGAAGCCGGUUGAAAUUCAGGAAAGCUCCGAUCAAGAAACAAGUACACCUACUAUGAAUGGCACUGCUGAUUUGAAACCAGAAAACAACAGACUGGUGAAUGUAUCGUCUGAAGUAGACAAUGUAGCAAGAGACACAGCUGUGAAAACCCGCCAGAAGUUGUUUUGGGGGCUUGACACGAAAGAGAGGUGGGAGAGGAAGUCCAACAUGUGAAAUUGCUACCACAAAUUUUUAUGUGAAUCAAUCUUUUACGUCCGGUAUCUGGUGGAGUUUUAAGGAGAGGGGGAUGCAGCAGAGAUUGUGUCGAUUGUACAAGGUUAUCUUCCUCAGCUCCAAAGACGAUUAUGUGAUUUACUUCUUUCGUGUUUGUGGUGUUUUAUCAACAGCUAGCCAGUCUCCAACUAAUG